ACUCCCCCUCUCCGUGCAUCACCACUCAUCACAUCGCAUCACAUACAACCCCCAUGUCCACAUCUCUGUCGGCGUGUCUAGACGUUGACGCUGCACCGCGCGACAACGACGACCUCGACGACCUUGGCAUUGACCACAACAACAACAACAACACACUCCACCACCACACAACCCCACGGCAUCUACCCCGCGGCAUGACCCCACUCCUCUGCACCACCACCCCGCCACCGCUCACGCCGUCGCCUCCCCGGCUGACGGCCUCGCCAUCCUCGUCAUCCUCGUCGAGCUCGUACACAUCCCUCUGUGCACCGGCGUCCGAGCCCAUGCGCCGCAGCCUAGCGAGCAUCGGGUACGUCCGUGCGCCGCUCGCCGCCGUCGACAUGGCCCGCAGCCCCUCCUCGCAAGGGGUGGACGGCAACCCGUUUGCGGGGCGCGAGUCGCCUCUCCCUCCGCAGCGCCGAGCGAGCGCGCGCGGCGGCGAGGCCCUCGAGCUCGCGUUCCACCCCGCCGCCACCGAGUCCGCCGAGCCAGAGUCGCCGCCGCCCAGCGCCGCACUGCACGACCCACACCUGCACCCAACAAACCACCACCAUACGAUCCCCCUGCGCCGGCGCACCACACCCCGCGCGUUCCUCGCAGCCCAGAACGACACACCACGCACUCGUACUCGCGGACUGUCGGCGCCCCCGCUUCGCGCGCCGAGCUCGCCCCGCGCCGACACCCGUGCUGGGAAGGCAUACCUUUCUCUGCGGGUACAAAACAGUCUGGGCUCGAUCCGCGCGCUCCCCUGGCGUCAGGACGCGCCAUGACGAGGCGAGGGCCGAGCCUUCACGAUCAUAACGACUAAACUGUACAUUACGAUGCCGAGCUGGACUCGCUCGCCCUUCUGGAUUCACUGGCCUCUCUUGAUCACGACACGGCAACGAAUACAACGCCUCACGCACGAUUCUUUACGCGCUGCAACGACUCCUGCACCAACAAUACACGCUACGCCUUUGCACCGCACCUCCUUCUCCGCGACAUGACCCCGCUCUGCCCCAGACAAGGGGCUGCGCAUCUGUUUCCCAAGCCGCAAGCCGCCUUUUGUCUAGGCACCGGACAUCGACUGCCACCAAACCAACACGACACACGAAUCAGAACGACAGAACACUUUGACACGCACCGGACGUUGACCUGCCGACCCCUGCUAGUGCCCAUCUGGUAUGGCGCUAGCCAAUGCUAUAACCCACACCCCUACUGAUAUCUCGCCCCGCGGGCAGACACAACUGUUUGUAGCACGUAAUACACUUGCCAUGCAUGCGCUCGGC